GGGGGGGGAGGGGGGGGGGGGGGGGGGGGGGGGGGGGGAAAUGGGCUUGAUUUUAGAAUUAAGGAAAAAGUUAGCGUGGAGAAAAUAUACCCAUAAACCAGUUUUACGUCCGCCAAUGGGCUCAGAGAGCACGAAGCUUUAAAUGGCUGACUGCAGGAUUAUUCGCCUGUUUUUUAUUGACUACUAAUACUGCCUUUCAGUUUUUGGUUUAGCGACUGAUGGGCCGCUCAUUUGAAAAUUGCUCUGGUUCAGUUCUCAUGCUGUCCUACGAAAUAGACACAAGCGCUUGGCGCUUGAUUGUUUACGAGUUGACUUGGUCAUGAUGAAAACAUAACGCUGCUUGAUCUAAACAGUAUUUUAUUGACAACAGUUGGCUAUAGGUAAUUUAUCCAUCUUGAAAAAUCUCUAGGUGUCCUACUUCUAUAAAGCUCUUUUUCAGUACCACUAAAUUAUUUUGUCACCUGCAUUAAAGAUAGCUAAACGAUUUACAGGCCAUUUUGAGUGGUUUCUCGACAUUUUACCAACAAAUUCCGAUGAAUGAUAACUAUAACUAACUGGUCUGUUUUAAGCAGGUAAUGACAAGUAACUCUAACGGGUUUGUUGUUCAGUUAUGGUAAGCGUUAAACGGAAUAAUCACAAACACAAUAUCUGAUGAGCGACGAUAGUUUUCUUAGUUAAAGAUAAAUCAUGAGAAAGACAUUCUCUUUUCUCAAAGAAAGGCAGCGGAUCAGUAUCUUGAGCAUCUUACGCACCACACAUGCAUGGCGACAUCAUUGCUAACGUCGGAGUCGAUAUAGUUUGCGCGUAAUGAAAAAUGGUGCGUUAUAAUCAGUAGUGAUUGUAGUGAUUUAUUGCAAUUUCUAGCCUCAAUUCAUUUUCUGUAACUGUAAGUGGCUACUUUCUGCUAUGGAUAAUAAAGGCUAAACAAGAGAGUAUAAACCUCGUAUUCCAAUUUGCGUCGUUGAAAGAAGCUAUUACAGAGUACAAAAACUAAGAGUGCAACCUUCGCUUUUUCCAUUCUCGGCGAGAAAAAUUAGCGAUUCAUAAACAACAUUCCAGUGAUAUUCACUUGGUUUCGUUUCAACUCACAAUCUUUUGAACAACAACCUUCGAAACAAAACUUCAUCCUGUCAUGUUUGCAUUUGGAGGGAGGGUGAGGAGUUGUUGGAAAUGAAACAGCAAUAGACCAUUUUACAGUUAUGAGCUUAGUACCCUAGCCUCUGAAUGAAAGUGCGGCUGAGAUUGACCUUGUUCUGAUACAAACCUCUUUCCUUUUCUUAUGAAAAUCAUGCUAAAAAAAGAAUACCAGUUAGCAUAAGGACAAUAUGAUUUGCAUAAUAAAGGAGGAUAAGAGUUGUAUCAAAAUGAGGUCAACUUCAGCCUCGUUUGCACCCGUAACUGUAAAAUGGACUAUUGAGAACAAAAACAACAACAACGAAAUAAAUAUAUAAAUAAAUAAAAGAAACUUAAUAUAUUCACGGACAUCUUUAUUUAAUUCAUUAAAUCAUAAACAUUUUUAUGGGUAUAAGAAAUAUUUUACUGAUUACAGAUUCACUGUAUAACUGUGAUUAUCACUGGUCCGCAGUGCCAAAAAAGCACGCGUGUGCGUUAUCCUUUUAGUAUUUAGUUAGUAGCUGCUCACAAGUGUAGUCACACCCAAAACAGUAGCAAGGCUUGCACACUGUAUUCGGCCCUCUACAACGGUAAGACACGCAAGGAGGAUCCGCAAAACACUGCCCUUGCCACUUUGAGCAUAUGGGACAAUCUAUGUGAAAGAAAAACCAACAAGUAACCAACAAACGAUCAAACCUGCAAAAGCGAAAUUUCUAAAUAUCUUAUACCCUUAUUCGUUUGUUGCUAACAUCAGUAAUCCAGGAACCAGAUAUCUCAUUAAAGUCCUACGACCGAAAUAAAAUGUACAAUCUACUAUUCUGCCUUACAUUUAAGGGUGACGUGAAGCAGUUCGUCGUUGCCUACAAUAGCCAGUGGCAUACGAUCUGUUUUCAAGUUCGACAAUACAAUUAGAUCACACUUAGUGCGACGUAAAAAUGCUGGCUGUGUGAAAAAUUUGAUUUACACCAAAUUUACUCAGUGCAAAUUUGGUGCAAAAAAGUGUAAAUUACGGUUAAAUCAAGCUCUCGAAUUUACAACCCCAUGUACACUAGCAUGCAAAUGCGGUAUUUACCAUCUUUGCCCUUGAUUUCCCCCUAAUUUGCACUUUUUUGCACGAAUCCAACUUUUCGUACAGGUGGAGCAGUUUGUAAGAUUCUUUGGAAAUAAGGUAAAGUAUACAUUGGCAAAACGGAAAGAGGUAUGCAUGAACGGAUUACAGAGCAAGAUGGCUUUCGCGAACUAUUUAGAGUUCCUUGAAGUUUACAGGGGCGUAGCCAAGAUUUUUUCAGAGGUACGCACAAUUUUCCAAAUGCCCCUGCUAUUUUUGCAAGUGGCAGUUACGAUCUCUAGACCACAGAGAUGUGUUGAGAUUUGUUAGUAGGAUUUU